AUGAAUGAUUAUUAAAAUAGUAUCAAGUACGAUCUGCUGCACCCAAUUCUUACCCGCGAAACUUCGCUUCUCUUGUCUCAUGGUUCGAACAGCAAAAAUCUAAAGCGAAAAGUCUGGAACAAAAGAAGGUAACGCAAAAAAUAAGGACAAGGAAGAAGGAGAACGGGUGCUGUUCGUGUAGAAGAGAGUUUUGGAAGGAGACAGAGACGAAGCGUUCCAGAAAAAAGAUGAAUCAGAGAAGACGAGGGGCGGCUAGACGUCGACGCUUUUGAUCGAAAAGCAGAGGGAAGAACUCGAGGCUGUUGCUGCGGAAAAGGAGGAACGGGACUGGAGGAGGGAAGCUUGGAUAUAGACUGUCGCGGAAAAACGGGGAGGGGGAAGAUAAAUUGGAAAUAAUAGAGGAGAGGCUGGGAAGAAGGGGAAAAUCAGAGAGAAAAGAAGAGAGAGAACCAGAGACAGGGACCAAGGGCGAGCAGGAAGAGAGAGAGGAGUGAACGUAAGUAGAGAACAUACAAGAAAACCUUUUUGUUUAUGAGAUAAUUCUGACUCUUUUCCGAGAGGCAAAUUUAUUGUUGCUCCAUUCGGAUCAAAGCUUGAUUGGAUUUGGACUCGGGAAAGAUGAUUGGCAGUGCUAGAGUACAUACCAGACUCUACCUCCUCCGUGCUGAACCUUCUAGUAGACAAGCUCCAAAUGUAGUAUAACCAUGCCCACAUUUACAGCUAUAGCUUUGGACAGGUUGUUGGAACCUGGGACUUCCAAAUCAGCCAGCAAGUCUACUCCUAAUUUGAGACCUCCACUCUCCAAACCCCCUAAUUCAAAGCUGGAGGAGGUAAGUAGUAAAUCUACUACAGAGAGGAAAGUACCUCGCCCUCAAAUAUCACCUGCCCUUUAUGCCACUCCCAAGACGACUCCGCUCCCUGAUUCACCAUCUUCAUUCCCUCCAUCUCCCUACAUUAUUAAUCACAAGCGGCGCGGGCCACGCCUUCUAAAGAGCUUUUCUGAGGAUGAUGUAUCUUCUUGGAAAAAAACUCAGAAUGAAGAAAAAGCUAAUGGGAGAACCGCAGAUACUGAAGCCAGGACUCCCAAUUUAACUAAGUCAAAUUCUGUUGUUUUCCCUAUUCCCGGGCCUAUCAUGGAAGAGCAUGUUAAUGAGAAUGAUGGACCUGUUCAACAGAUUGAUGCUAAUUGUACCAAUGUUUACCCUGUUGAAGAGGGAAAUUUGGAUGGAGCUGAUCAUUUAGAGCUUGCAAAAAGUCAAGUGGAGGUGGAAUGCAGCAGUAGGGGACCUGAAGCCAGCAAUGCAAGUUAUGGUUUUACAAAGGAAAAUGGCAUAAGAAAGCUUGUUCCAGUGGAUUCUUGUAGAGAAGUUGAAUCUGAAGAUUUCUAUGACCCCCAAGAAUCAAUAAGUGUCACAAGUAAUACAGAGGAAGAGGAUUAUGCUGGUAAUGAAAGUUCUACGAAGCUUGCUACACCAGUUGGAGAGUUUUAUGAUGCUUGGGAAGAGUUGUCCUCCGGAAGUGGACAGCAGGCUUCAUUUCGUGACAUUGAAGGGGAACUGUGUGAAAUAAGAUUGAGUUUAUUAAUUGAGAUAGAGAAGAGGAAGCAAGCAGAGGAAGCUUUGAUCCACCUGCGAAGUCAUUGGGAGAGUAUGAGGCAGCAGUUAGCUAGCCGUGGAUUGAUAAUUCCUGCAGAUCCCACUGUUGCAGCUGAGGGCGGGCAGGUGGAUAUUGAUGCUGCGGAAGAGUUGUCACUGCAGCUUCAUGUUGCUCGAUUUGUGUCAGAUUCUAUUGGCAGGGGCAUCGCAAAGGCUGAGCUGGGGAUGGAGAUGGAAUCUCAGAUUGAAUCAAAGAACUUCGAAAUUGCACGAUUGUUAGACCGACUUCACUAUUAUGAGGCUGUAAAUCGAGAAAUGUCGCACAGGAACCAGGAAGCCGUAGAGAUGUCUAGGCGGGAGAGGCAAAGAAGGAAAAGAAGACAGAGGUGGGUUUGGGGUUCAAUUGCUGCCAUAAUUACUCUUGGGACUGCAGCCUUGGCAUGGACUUAUCUCCCUGCUGCAAAAGGAUCUUCCUCCCCUGCUGACUCUCAAUUUGCCGAGCAUGACAAUGCAGAUAAAUGAUGACUGCUGAUCAAUUGGGAUUGUGAUGGCAGGAUCAUGAAGUAGGGAAAGACACAAAAAUAAAAGGCUUGGAUGUAUCAACCAUGUGAAUAGAAAUCUCUUUGCUCGUAUCUGUUCAAAGGACAUAUCAUGCUACCAAAGAUAAUUUAGGCAUCUCUAGUUGUGGCUUGCACCUUUUCUGGCAAUUUUGGAGGUGCUGAAUGCUGAAUAAAUCCUGAAUUUUCAAUGUUGUAGCUUUCGGGAGCACUUCAUGCGUGUCCUUUUUAUGCA